CCCUUGUUUUUCAUAUUCUUUCUCUGAGUUCCUCACUUCACUUCACUUCAACUUGGUACUGCGCCACUGUAAAGCAAUGUUGGGAGGCGCAGCAAAAACCUUCGGAGCUUCUUUCCCAUUCUUCUCAACAACAAAAACCGAAUCCAAAAUCAAACGGCUACCAACCAACCUCUCAUUCCCAUCCAAUGGCUGUCGUUGCACCACCAUUUCAGCCUCGUUACAGUUUCCCGACUCAGUAUCUCCGGGUCAAUACCGAGUCGACAUCCUCUCCGAAUCACUUCCCUUCAUCCAAAAAUUCAGUGGCAAAACCAUCGUCGUCAAAUACGGUGGCGCCGCCAUGAAGACACCGGAGCUUCAAGCCUCCGUCAUUAACAAUCUCGUCCUUCUCGCAGCCGUCGGCCUCCGUCCCAUCCUGGUUCACGGCGGCGGUCCAGAAAUCAAUCACUGGCUCAACCGUCUCAAUAUUGAGGCCGUUUUCCGUGACGGCCUCCGUGUCACCGACGCCGAAACAAUGGAGAUCGUUUCCAUGGUUCUCGUUGGUAAGGUUAACAAAAAUCUCGUCUCUCUAAUCAACAAAGCUGGCGCAACCGCCGUCGGUCUCUCCGGUAUGGACGGAAAACUUCUCAUCGCAAGUCCUAAAUCCUCCGACCUAGGAUUCGUCGGUGAAGUCGCGAGAGUAAAUCCAACGGUUAUCAGAUCUCUCGUCGAUAGUGGAUAUAUUCCGGUUGUUACAUCCGUUGCGGCGGAUGAAUCUGGACAACCGUAUAACAUCAAUGCUGAUACCGUUGCCGGAGAAAUUGCGGCGGCGUUAGGAGCAGAGAAAUUGAUACUGUUAACUGAUGUGGCUGGGAUAUUGGAAAAUCGGAAUGAUCCAGAGAGUUUGGUGAAGAACAUUGAUAUAAAAGGAGUAACGAAGAUGAUGGAAAAUGGAAAAAUUGGUGGUGGAAUGAUUCCGAAGGUUAAUUGUUGCAUUCGAUCAUUAGCGCAAGGGGUGAAAACUGCCAGCAUUAUUGAUGGUAGGGUUCCGAAUUCGUUGUUGCUUGAGAUUUUAACUGAUGAAGGUGCUGGAACCAUGAUUACUGGUUAAUUUACUUGCUAAUCAUGUUUUGAUACUUUUUUAUUUAUAAAUUUGUGAGUUUCUUCACAAUGUUAAUUGUACCUUCAAGUGGCUAUUGCUUUUAAUUUGAGAUCGGGAGUUGGUGUCCAGUGGCGUCGUUCUAGGUUGGGUUGGCUGUGAGCUGAGGGGUGUCUGUCUGAUUAUGGGAUAAUGAGGUAGACCUCGUUUAGGUGGUAUUUUUUCAGCAUAUAUACACCUUGUUAUGUAGUUUUCUCGUUUAAGCGGAAAAUUGAACAUGUACUUUGUGAUAGACCUUUGUAGUUUACCAAAACUUUCUGGUACAAGUGUACAACAAUAAGAGUUCUGAAAAUUUCUUUUUAAGAGCUUA